AUGGCGAAGUCAUCCAAAGCUACCCCCUCCGAUGCUGAACCAGAAGUACCAUCCACACUGGAGAUACCUACAUUUCCCACAGAUAGUACCGCUUUUAUUGAAUCCCGGACUCCUUUCAUCGCCGGUGGAAGUGAUGGCACGUCCGCAAGAGUAAGUCCUAGUGCAGCUACCUUGUCAGCAUUCCGAGAUGUAAGAGGACAUGGGAGGAUACAAGUUCAUCAUCCGGCGGAAGGGUCAUCUCAAAAGAGGGUGCUUACCUUAAAUGAAGUUCGAACAAGUGAUAGUGACGUAGUAGUGGGAACCUUCCUUGUGCAAUCUGUGCCAGCAACAGUCUUGUUUGAUUCAGGAGCGUCUAACUCGUUUGUAUCACCCGGACUGGUGAAGAAGUUGGGCUUAUCUGGGGGCACGGGAGUGAAGUUUAACGUGAAGGUAGCAUCGGGAGAAGUUAGAGUGUGUGACCGCCUCUUCGAGGGCGUCAAGAUCAACAUCAAGGGAGAAGAGUUCCCUAGCGAUCUAAUCCAGUACGACUUGGACGGGAUGGAUGUGGUCUUAGGCAAUGAGUUGUACUUGUGUUCGGUCGAUAACUUGAAGGCAAAGGGGGAAGUGGCUCAAUCUAUACCCGUAGUCCGUGAAUGUCUUGAUGUAUUUCCCGAGGAAAUACCGGGUAUGCCUCCUACUAGGGAAGUGGAGUUCUCAGUGGACCUUAUGCCAGGCACUGCACCCAUUUCUAAGGCCCCAGCAAGAGUUGAAGACCCAAUUGCAAGAACUCCUCGAUAA